UGGCCCUCUACCCAGCACGGAAGGGUGGCCCUCUACCCAGCACGGACUGUGACAGGAGCUGCCGCUAAGGGGGAGGAAGAGCCCCGGUGACAGGAGGGAGGGGUCUCCGGCUCCUCCCCGCUCUGCCCCUGGCGGCCCUGCCGGCUCGGUGUGUGUGUGUGUUUGGGAGCAGCCGGUUGUCAUGAAGGCCACCCCGGCCGCCCCUGUAUUGAUUUGAUCCUCACCGGCACCUGUCCAUUCAUUCCCCGGAGAGAUGGUGGACAUUGGCCUUAGCGCCUCCGGUGACAGCACCAGAAGAAAAAUGGAGGCCUUCGCAGACUGUGCUGUGGAAGUUGUGCCACUUGAUCUGUACGACUCCUUCAGGGCUAAGAUUGCUGCUAAUUUACAAUGGAUUUGUGCUAAAGCCUAUGGAAUAGAUAAUGUCCCAGAGGAGCUGAAGGACCCUUUCUAUACAGAUCAGUAUGAACAGGAGCACAUUAAGCCACCUGUCAUCAAGCUGCUUCUCUCCAGCGAGCUUUACUGUCGGGUCUGCAGCCUCAUUUUGAAAGGGGAUCAGGUGGCCGCCUUGCAGGGUCACCAGCCCGUCAUUCAGGCUUUAUCUCGGAAAGGGAUUUACAUCAUGGAGAGCGAUGAUGCACCUGUGUCCGAAUCCGACCUCAGCUGCUGUCCAAUCAAAAUGAGUGCCCACAUGUCUAUGAUCGAUGCCCUUAUGAUGGCGUACACAGUGGAGAUGAUCAGUAUUGAGAAAGUGGUCGCUAGCGUCAAGCGCUUUUCUACAUUUAGUGCCUCAAAGGAGCUGCCGUAUGAUCUGGAAGACGCUAUGGUUUUUUGGAUUAAUAAGGUGAAUCUAAAAAUGAGGGAAAUUUUGGAGCGAGAACAAAGGAUAAAACAACAAGUUAUAGAAAGUCCAAGCCAUCCAAAGUCUCCUUCAAAAUGGUAUUGGAAAUUAGUACCUGUACGUUACCGGAGAGACCAUCCCUCAAGCAGGCAUCUGCCUUACUUUCCUAUACUUGAAGAUCUAACGAAGGACAUUAGCGACGGGGCGGCACUUCUCGCGGUGAUACACUUCUACUGCCCUGAGCAGAUGAAACUGGACGAUAUCUGCUUGAAGGAAGUUACGUCAAUGGGCGACAGUGUGUACAAUAUUCAGCUCCUUAAAGAGUUUUCUAAUGAAUAUUUAAACAAAUGUUUCUAUUUAACCUUGGAAGACAUGCUGUACACCCCGUUAGUUCUGAAGCCCAACAUCAUGGUUUUUAUAGCAGAGCUUUUCUGGUGGUUUGAAAAUGUAAAGCCUGAAUUUGUUCACCCCAGAGACACGCAAGAGCUGAAAGAAGCUAAAAUCGUGAUGCAUCCAAAAACCAGUCGGCCCCAAGUUCCAAUUUCUAAUGCAACAAAGCGCAGCUUUCUAGCUAGCCCGGGCAGCACAACUGAUUCUCAGGCAACGGCUGCAUCCGAAUCUUGCAGCAGUAAUUAUCUACAGGCUGAGGAUGCAGAGAAUGGAAAGGGAUGUGCAGUCUUCAGCCCAUCACACCCAUUAUUGCCUUUGAGACAAAAGCAGCAGAAGUCUGUCAAGCCAGAAGAGAGUUUAAAUCACCGAGAUCAGGCAAACUCACUGACACGGGCUGAUGGACAGCCUAUGGCCUCCAUUAUUGCCUGGAAAGAGAAAAAGCCAAGACCCCUUUCCCAGACGUUUGCCCUCCACCAUGCAGCAGAUGAUGUAGAGUCAACAUCCGGGGAUAGCAUUAGCCUUGCUAGAUCUAUCAGCAAGGACAGCCUUGCCUCAAACAUUGUCAACCCAACUCCAAAGCAUCAGUCCUAUCCCACACCUAUAAAGGUUUUACCCAAGAGCCUACUGGGUAAUGUUGAUAUCGAAGACGAUGAGGAAGAACUUGUUGCAUUUAUCAGGUCAGAUGACGCAUCGUGUCCAGGAGACCUUGAGCUGCAGAGUGUUUCCUCCAGGGCAUCAAGUCAAAUGAGCACAUCAAGGUUGAGAAGGCCGGCAGAUUUAGAGAGCAAGCCAGACAGUUUCUUCUUAGAACCACUAAUGCCGGCAGUGUUAAAACCGGCAAAAGAAAAACACAUGGUUCCCAAAAGUGAAGAGUAUGGGGAAGGAAAACAAAAAGGGUUUUCUUCAAAAAGGCAAAACGAAGGGAACCAAUCAUUUUCACGAAAGAAAAUAAUCAACAAUCACACUGGACAUGACUUGAAUAGGACUUUUACUCCACUUUCUAGUUUGGAGUCUGACCCUUUAAGGACAGAUCCUGUACAGCUUUCUAUAGAGAGUGGGAAUGGUAACUUCAGGCCUCUUGCUACUAGUAGUGUGGAGCCAAGUGAGCAUGGUGGGGGAUUCUUUCUUCAUGAUCUUAAUGCUGAUGAUGAUGUUGAGGACAAGCCCAGUGCGGGCAAUUUAAUAAUGGAGGACCCUCAUAAGCCAGACACCACAUGGACAGUAUUAAGACCAGGUUCUGAAAAUUUAGAUGUAGGCGGAUGUGAAGAAGUUGCUGUUUCCCGCCCAGUCGGUAAAUACAUAGGCGAGGAAGAGUCUGUUAAGUUGCAAGAAGAUCUGAAGCUUAAAGAGCAUGAUGACAAAGACGAUGCAAGCGGACGUUCCAGCCCAUGCUUAAGUACCAUUUCCCAAAUCAGUAGUGCGUCCAUGGCUAGUGGGAGCAUGCGAAUGACUAGCUUUGCAGAACGCAAAUUUCAAAAGCUUAAUAGCUAUGAAACCAAGUCUAGUACUAGCAGCUCCCAGAAGACGACUCCUGAUGGAUCAGAGUGCUGCCCUCCUCCACUAACGACCUGGAAACAGAGGAGAGAACAAAGCCCUGGGAGGCAAAACAGAGAUCAUGCCAACGUGUUGGCUUCGGAGCUAGUCCAGCUUCACAUGCAGCUAGAAGAGAAGAGGCGGGUGAUAGAGGCUCAGAAGAAAAAAAUGGAGUCUCUAUCUGCCAGGCAACGCUUAAAAUUGGGUAAGGCAGCCUUCCUGCAUGUUGUGAAAAAAGGAAAACCAGAAACUGUAGCUCAGCCCGUGAAACCAGAGCACGGCUUUAGGGAUUACACUAAGCGGACACCCGAGGAUAUAGAUACUGUUUCUGUAAACGCUAAAGUGGAGCAAUACUUGGAGUCCAUAGACCCUGGAAUUGUGAGCAGCGAAGUUCAAGAAGCCUUCACAGACCCCAAACUGAAAGACCCAGCCUUGUUAGAAGCAGAUAUAUGCAAUUUAAUGGCAGAUGCCAAUCCGGAGGAUAUAGACUCUGAAAUUGAUGUCAAUGAGUGUGAUCUUUCUAUUGAAAAGCUGAAUGAAACCAUCAGCACGCUGCAGCAGGCGAUAAUGAAAAUAUCCCAGCAACAAGAGAUGCUAAUGAAGGCGCCCUCCAUGGCUGUCCCUCCUCUCCCCAGCAGUUCCCAAGACCAUAAACUAAAGCCUUCGGUGCAGUUUGUUGAACCUAUAUCGCCGCCAGGCAUGCCAAUUGUUCGUAAAACAACACGUUUCGGUCAGGGUCGUAAUGCUCGGUCAUUGCGAGUAACUGAGCAGAAAUUGGCAAAGGAAAAAAUGCAGAGUUCUUCCCGUGUGAUAACCCCAACCAACAGCAUAGAAACAGUACCCCAUUUAAAAUCUGUGCAACCCCUAAAAUCCCCCAGUGUACCCACUGAAGAAUCCCCAGUAGAAGUUGUGCCAGAACAAGGAAGUGCUUCCCAGGAUAAACCAACAACAGGGGGGUUUAGACUCCACAAUGACAAUAGUCAAAGGACAUUUGUUCUGUCCACUUCCAAAGAUGCCAAUAUUAUCUCUGAGCAGAUGCACCGAGAGGUUAUUAGCAGUUCGAGAGUCGCUGGAGUAAGUACGUCAGAAAGCUCAGGGAAAGAAAAUGUUCCAGUCGAUGAGCGGCAUAAAAGCAGCCUUAUCGAGGUGGAUCUCUCAGAUCUUAAAGAACCUGAUGAAGGAGAAGAAGAGUCUGAUCACCCUGAAAAAACCAAGGACAUCAUAAGCGAUGACCAGAAGUCGGGUGUGGGAUUUUUCUUCAAGGAUGAACAGAAAGCUGAAGACGAGCUGGCAAAGAAACGCGCAGCCUUUCUGAUGAAGCAGCAGCGUAAGGCUGAAGAGGCACGGCUCAGAAAGCAGCAGCUAGAGGCUGAGGUUGAACAGAAACGUGACGAUGCUCGUCGCAAAGCUGAAGAAGACCGAAUACGGAAGGAUGAAGAGAAGGCCCGGAGAGAGCUCAUCAAGCAGGAGUAUCUCAGAAGGAAGCAAGAACAGAUUCUGGAAGAACAGGGGCUUGGCAGGCCAAAGCCUAAACCGAAAUCCAAGAAGACUCGCCCCAAAUCUGUCCAUCGAGAAGAAUCCUACAGUGACUCCGGAACAAAAUAUUCCUCUACGCCUGAUAAUUUAAGCAGCGCUCAGUCUGGAUCAAGCUUGUCUUUGGCCUCAGGUGCUACCACAGAAGCUGAGAGUGUGCACUCAGGAGGGACCCCUUCACACAGAGUUGACUGUGUGGAUGCUCCAUCAGGAAUGGGCAGGCACCAGAGCAGGAAUGCAGAACGAGACUGGGAGAAUGCAUCAACUGCAUCUUCUAUUGCAUCUGUAGCAGAAUAUUCAGGUCCCAAACUUUAUAAAGAGCCAAGCAGCAAGUCUAAUAAACCGCUUAUUCACAAUGCUAUAUCCCAUUGCUGCCUCGCGGGAAAGGUGAAUGAGGCAAUAAAAAAUUCAACUUUGGAUGAGCUAGAGAAGUGCGACUCCAACCACUACAUUAUCCUUUUCCGCGACGCCGGCUGCCAGUUCAGAGCACUUUAUUCCUACUAUCCAGAAACCGAAGAGAUCUGUAAACUGACAGGGACGGGCCCGAAGAACAUCACCAAGAAGAUGAUCGAUAAACUUUACAAAUACAGCUCGGACAGAAAACAGUUUACUGUGAUCCCGGCCAAAACCAUGUCGGCCAGCGUGGACGCGCUGACUAUCCAUAACCAUUUGUGGCAAGCCAAAAGGCCCGCCUUGCCAAAGAAAAAUUCCUUGGGCAAGUAACACCUGCUGGGCAGAUGUAGCUCUGGUUUAGAGAGCAAAACGUUUACUUUAUUUUCACCCGUGGAUACAAAUUCUACUGCACUUUGAAUGUUAUUUUUUUUUUUCCCCCACAAGGGAAUUUUAAGGAGACGGUUAUUGCUAAAUCCCACUUGCUGUUACAGACCUUUCCAGCACCAAACUGAAGGAAAGCAAAAAUCAGUGUUUAUCCCUCUUGUUUUUCGUUUGUCGCUGCCUCCUGGGUUAUUUUUACUCCACGAAUGAAUGGGUAAUUCUGUGCUGUGAAUGUCAACAUGGACAAUUUACUCCAUAAACGGAAGACAUUGCACGCAGCAAGCGUCGCCAUCCAGUGGAUUUACUUUUACUUGAAGUGCCCGGGCAUCUCCCGUCGGAAACAAAAAUGGAAUAGUCACUGCUGGGUUUCAGUCUGUAGGAGAUUUACACAGCAACAUUGGCACUACAAUAAGCUCCUUUAUAUUUUAGACUUUAGGAUUUAAACCAGGAAUUAAACAGUACACGCAUUUCUUUCUUUUUUUUCUUUAGUGCAGUGAUGCUUCAUUUCCGAUUCAUUGUCCUGAGAAAUUGUGUGCUAUAGAAGUAGCGGAGUGUGGGGGGGGGGAGUCCACAAUACGCACGGUUCAUCUGUCUGUAAACAUGGCGGUGCACUUAAUAUAUAAAAUCACUGUCCUUUUUAAUGGUUUUAUGACGUCUUCAUAUGUUUAUUUUAUCUUCGUUGCUGUAUCGUACGUGCCCUGACGCACAUGGGGCAAGCCGUGAGAGAGCAUGUGUGCCAAGAUUUUUAUUUUGGGUUGACUUAUUUAUUCUGAAACAAAAUUAUGAUUCUUAUUUUUUUUUUUUGAUUGAUCUCAUUAAAAUACAAGUAUGAUUUUGCAAUCGAAUAUGGAGUUUUGUUUUCAAAUUCCAGGAAGUUUUUUGGGCACGGUCUAUGCCGAACUGAUCUGUUUUAGCUCUGUUUUUUUGAGAUAGCACUGACACAAAAAAAUGGUUCCAAAUCAUGAAAACACUAAUUGCUAUUUUGAUGUUUUUAAUGCACUUUGAUUUGUUUUUCUUGUUGUUGUUGUUCCGUUGAGCUAUGCCGUUUUUGUUACAGCUCAGACAAAAAUUGGCAACCGACAAUUCACAUUUGCACAUUUUUAUUUGUUGUCGAUUAUUACUUGAAAUAAGGAGUUGGUACAGACGGGAAGCGCUCAUGUUUCAUUUAAAACAGAAUCCAGCGAAUGCUCUUGUGCCCUUAAGCUCUUCAUGUAUAAAAUGUGUGGAAACGUAGGCUGAUCAUGGGGUCUUCCAUCGCUGUUCCAUCAACAGAACCUCCAAUAAUAAUACCCUACCAUAUUGAUCUUUAGAUUGCUGCAUUCGUGUGUAUAUUUGUUUGUCACUAGUUUUAUGUAAAUAACAAAAAAAAAAAAGAAGCUUUAUAAUUCUGAAGUGCUAAAGAGGCUAAUACCACAUUCGAUUUUUCUGCUAAAAUGCUUUUUUUCCCCCUCCACCCUUGUGCUCCCUCCCCAAAUGGCGGAAAUGAUGUUCCAUAUUUAUUUUAUGAAAGCACUGAACUGAAAUAAAAUGUAACUGUAUUCUU